GAAGAAAAAUGCUAUAUGAGUUCCGAUUCAAUUUGCAGCUCAUCAGGGAAUACUGAAGAAAUUGAUAUCCUAUACCCAGUUGAUUUCUUAAAUUCUCUGAAGUUUAAUGGUGUACCUCAUCAUGAAUUGAAACUAAAAGUUGGUUGUCCUAUAAUGCUGCUGCGCAAUAUAAGUCAACAUUCAGGACUUUGUAAUGGAACCAGAUUAAUUGUUACUCAAUUAGCAUCAAAAGUUAUAGAAGCCGAAAUUUUUACAGGAAAUCAUUCUGGUCAGAAAGUGUAUAUUCCUAGAAUUCUAACACAUGUGACAGAAACAAAGUGGCCAUUUGUUUUGAAAAGAAGGCAAUUUCCUAUUCGUUUGUGUUAUGCCAUGACAAUCAACAAAAGUCAAGGACAGACACUUCAGUAUGUUGGUUUAUAUCUUCGAAGACCGGUAUUUUCACAUGGUCAACUUUAUGUUGGAGUUUCACGAGUUACCUCACGCAAAGGGUUGCGAAUCUUAAUAGAAAAUAAUAAUGACGAGCCUGAAGGAUGCACUCGCAAUAUUGUUUUUACUGAAAUCUUUGACGAUUUGGUAACAUAAAACAAAAUCGUAUGUCAUUUUUUUUGCAAUUAAUAACUAUGGCGUAUUAAAUAUGAAUAAAUUCUCACUUUAUUUUCGUAUAUGUUUUCUAAUAUGUUGUUGUCAAAUUUCAUAGAUUUAUUUUGUACUUUAUAACUAAUUCGAUUCUAUUCCUUUCUAAAAUUUACAGGAUAUCGAACAAUGACAUUUACUCUUCUAAAGGAACUGCAUUCGGUGCAACGGCAAACUAAAAUCAAAGUCAGAAUUAGUAGAAUAUGGGAAGCAAAGACACCUUUGCUUAAAAAUGACAUCCUCAGUCUAGAAUGUCUUCUCAUAGAUGAAGAGGGAUACUCAAUGCAAGCAACUAUUCGCAAACAUGAUGCAGACAACUUUAAAUCUUUGAUUGAUGAAGGAUCAGUAUAUAUUGUCGACAAUUUUAAUCUGAUCUUGGCAAAAAAUAAUUAUGCAGCUGUUAAUCAAAAACAUAUGAUCCAAUUUAGCAAAUGGACACAUCUUCUAAAAGUGACAGAAAACAUCGAAACAUUUCCCCUACAUACUUUUUCCUUCGUCAAGUACGACUAUAUCAAAACCAAAAAACAAUCAACUACUUAUCUGAUAGAUGUUAUUGGAACCAUAGCAGGUGCUGGACCUGCUUCGUAUACGUAUGUUGCGCAAAAACAAACUCCAAUAAAAAAGUUACAAAUUCGAGAUUUGGACAAUGACACUCUAUCUGUUACAUUAUGGGAUGACUUUGCACUUACUUUUGAAAAUCAAUUAGCUGCAAGAAAAGAAACUGAUGAUCCAAUUAUUAUAAUUCUUGCAAGUAUGACAAUACGAAAUUAUAGAGAUGAAGUUUAUAUAUCCACAUGCUCAGCAUCAAGGAUAUACAUUAAUCUACAAAUACCGGCGGUUGAAGAGUUCCGUUCUAAUCUUGAUGCCAAACAACUGGCUAUAGCACCAAUUCAGUAUAUAGAGCUUCUAGACAAACCUAUACUUAGUCCCUAUGAACAAGCAUCGAAAAAUCGUAUAAGCAUAGCUGAGUUGGUUCAAAUGGAUACAUCUACCAUCAAGGAUAUAAAAUAUACAUGUAAAGCCAAAUUAGUAUCCAUAGAUACAACCUAUGGAUGGUGGUAUAGAGCCUGUUAUAAUUGCAAAGCAGCAGUGAAGGAUUUUGCUGAUACUUUCUGGUGCGGACAAUGUGGAAAAAAUGAUCAAUCUCCUGUCCCAUGGUACAAAUUAGAUGCUGUUGUUGAUGAUGAAAUUGCGACGACAAACUUCAUAAUUUUUGGUAAAAUAGCUCAAGAACUUAUACGCAUCCCUGCUCAACAACUUGCAAUCGCCGCAAAUGCAGAUAAAUUUGUUCUUCCUUCUGUUUUUAAGAAUGUUGUUGGCCAGACUUAUAUUUUUCAAAUCUCUAUUGAUUCUCGGAGAUCAAACAUAAAUGCGCAGUCGUUUAAAGUUACGAAGAUUUUCAUAGAUGAUCUAGACACAAAAGGAAAAAAAAAGAUAUAUACGAAAGAUGCUGAAGAUACUCUAGAAGAAACUAAUGAUGAUCAUACUACUCAUACAUCUCAGAAUGAUUCAGGACCUGAAAUAGUUGAAGAUCCAAUAAUACAAUCAAUGAGCUCUCAAUCAAUCCUCGAAACACCAAUAUCCCGAAAAGGAAACAGACUUUUUAGCUGUAUUGAAGACAUUGCACCAGAAACCGAUGAAACUGGAGAGGGGGCGGCGUGCUACGAGGAGAUAAAGUUGGGCCACGAAUGCGAGCUGCCGGAGUGUUUCACGAUCUGCGACACUCGCUACCACCACAGCAGCCAGGCUUAUUACUGCGGCGCCCCACAAACUUGCGUCUGCGAACAUGACUGCCCCAUCAAUUAG